AUGUAUCUAGAUGGUAUAAGUAUAACAUCUCGGGGACAUGAAUGGAGCAAUGCUUUGUUGCCUUUGCGUGACCUGCAAAAGUUGAGCAUGUCUGAUUGUGAUCUAUCAGGACCCCUUGAUUCUUCCCUAACAAGACUAGAGAACCUGACGGUCAUUGUUCUUGGUGAGAACAACUUUUCAUCCCCAGUGCCACAAACAUUUGCCAAUUUUAAAAACCUAACCACCCUCAAUCUUCGAAAGUGUGGAUUGAUCGACCACUCACUUAGUGAAUCUCUUCAUAGCAUUAUAUUGCGUAACACUAUCUUCUUUGGAACACGUCCACACACUAUUGGUAACAUGACAAACUUAUUCCUAUUGGACCUUUCUCACUGUCAACUAUAUGGAACAUUUCCCAAUUCACUGUCAAACCUCACACACCUUACCGACCUACGCCUUUCUCAUAAUGAUUUAUAUGGUUCAAUUCCUUCAUACCUUUUUACACUCCCAUCAUUGGAGAGAAUUUCUCUUGCAUCCAACCAGUUUAGUAAAUUUGACGAAUUCAUAAAUGUGUCUUCCAAUGUGAUGGAAUUCCUUGAUUUAAGUAGCAAUAAUCUAUCAGGGCCUUUUCCAACAUCUCUCUUCCAGUUCCGUUCACUUUUUUUCCUCGAUCUUUCAUCUAAUAGGUUGAAUGGGUCAAUGCAGCUAGAUGAGCUUUUGGAGCUUAGAAAUUUAACUGACCUAACCCUUUCAUACAACAACAUAUCAAUCAUUGAGAAUGAUGCAAGUGUUGAUCAGACAGCCUUUCCCAAGCUACAAACACUAUAUUUGGCAUCCUGCAACUUGCAAACUUUCCCUAGAUUCCUGAAAAAUCAAUCAACAUUGGGAUAUCUAAACCUUUCAGCUAACCAAAUUCAAGGAGUGGUACCCAAUUGGAUUUGGAAACUAAAAAGUCUUUCACUACUUGAUAUUUCAUACAAUUUUCUCACAGAAUUGGAAGGUUCUUUGCAAAAUAUUACUUCCAACCUUAUUUUAAUUGACCUUCAUAACAACCAACUACAAGGAUCAGUAUCUGUUUUUCCUGAAUCUAUUGAAUGCUUGGAUUACUCAACCAACAAUUUCUCUGGUAUCCCACAUGAUAUUGGUAAUUAUCUGUCUUCCACAAAUUUUCUAUCUCUUUCAAAUAAUAGUUUACAAGGAAGCAUCCCUCAUUCCCUCUGCAAAGCUUCAAAUCUUCUAGUGCUUGAUCUUUCCUUCAACAACAUCUUAGGAACAAUUUCUCCAUGUUUAAUCACAAUGACUAGUAUCCUUGAGGCAUUAAAUUUGAGGAAUAACAAUCUAAAUGGUUCUAUACCAGAUACGUUUCCAACUUCUUGUGUUGUGAACUUCCAUGCAAAUCUCUUACAUGGGCCGAUUCCCAAGUCUCUCUCCCACUGCUCAUCAUUAAAGGUAUUGGACAUUGGAUCAAAUCAAAUUGUUGGUGGUUUUCCAUGCUUUUUGAAACACAUACCAACACUUAGUGUCUUGGUUUUGCGGAACAAUAGAUUGCAUGGUUCCAUAGAAUGUUCACAUUCACUAGAAAAUAAGCCUUGGAAAAUGAUUCAAAUUGUGGACAUUGCUUUGAACAAUUUCAAUGGAAAAAUACCAGAAAAAUAUUUCAUGACAUGGGAAAGAAUGAUGCAUGAUGAAAAUGAUUCUAUAUCAGACUUCAUCUACAGCAUGGGAAAGAACUUUUACUCAUAUUACCAAGAUAGUGUGACCGUUUCCAAUAAAGUUUGCAAACUUGUUCUUCCUUUCUUAUUUGAACCUAUCCUUCAAUCAUUUGGUGGGGAAGAUCCCAACAGUGAAGGACAAGUGAUUGGCCUUGACUUGAGUGAAGAAGAUAUCUCUGAUGGUUUUGAUAAUUCAAGUAGUCUUUUCAGUCUCGAACAUCUCCAGAAACUGAAUUUGGCUUAUAACUUGUUUGAAACUGUCAUUCCAUCGGGAUUCAACAAGUUGGUGAUGUUGAAUUAUCUGAAUUUUUCACACUCAAGCUUUAAGGGAGAGAUUCCUGUAGAGAUUUCAAAUCUUACAAAUUUGAUUACUCUUGAUAUCUCUGGACCUAAACAUGCGAUAAAGAAUGCGUUGAAAAUCAACAACCAAAAUCUACAAAAGUUUGUCCAAAAUCUGACCAAGAUUAGGCAACUGUAUCUAGAAGAUAUAACUCUAACAUCUGAGGGGCAGGAAUGGAGCAAUGCUUUGUUGCCACUGCGUGAACUACAAAUGUUGAGCUUGUAUAAAUGUGAUCUAGCAGGGCCACUUGAUUCUUCCCUAUCAAAACUAAGGAACCUAUCAGUCAUUAUUCUUGAUAGGAACAAUUUUUCUUCCCCCGUUCCAGAAACAUUUGCUAAUUUUCAAAACCUGACCACCCUUAGUCUUUCAGAUUGUGGAUUGACUGGUACAUUUCCACAGAAGAUCUUUCAGAUUGGAACACUGUCUGUUAUUGACAUAACAUACAACAGCAAUCUCCAUGGUUCAUUUCCAGAAAUUCAGCUGAGUGGAUCUCUCCAGACCUUAAGGGUAAGUUUCACAAACUUUUCUGGAGCAAUUCCACACAUCAUUGGUAAGAUGAGGCACUUAUAUGAAUUGGAUCUUUCUAAUUCUCAAUUUAAUGGAACACUUCCCAAUUCAUUUUCAAACCUAACAGAACUAAGUUACUUGGAUUUGUCAUUUAACAGUUUCACAGGUCCGAUACCAUCAUUUAGUAUGGCCAAAAACCUUAACCACAUAGACCUAUCUUAUAAUAGUUUAAGUGGUGAGGUUUCAUCCUCUUUUCACAGUGAAGGACUGCUGAAUCUUGUUAAACUUGACUUGAGUUUUAAUUCUAUCAAUGGUAGCAUUUCAUCAUUCCUUUUUACACUCCCAUAUCUGUAA